AUGGAUGACACACUGACACAGAAUCACAAGUGCCACCACAAAUUUGAAGAGAAACAUCCAGCAGCUCCUGAUGUUCAGCUCCUGAUUCAGCCUCAUGACCCACACUGGCACAAAUACCCCCUCAUUCAUGCUCAGUGGGGUGAAAAGGGAAAAAUGCUGGUGCAAACAGCAAAACUGGGGUCUGUGCUCCAACGUGCAUUUUAUGGGUCCAGUGGGAAGGUGACCCUUUUUGAGCAAAGGAACUUUGCCGGUCGCCGACUGGACCUGAGCUCGGACUGCCAAAAACUGAGCGACAAAAACUUCCCUGAAAAAUGUAACUCUGUGCAAGUGGAGAGUGGAGCCUGGGUGGGCUAUGAGCAUGAGCACUUCCGUGGGCGCCAGUAUUUAUGGGACAUGUCUGAUCGUGGAGAAUAUAACUGCACAGAUAGGUGGUGUGGCCAGGGUGACUCUAUCGCAUCUGUACGCUCUGUAAAUCAGGACACAAACCCUCCUCGUGCUCAGUUGUUUGAAAGGCAAGGUUUCUCUGGGAGAAAGAUUGAGCUCCAGGAUGACAUCCCUAACCUCAUGACGAGAUAUAACCUAAACAGAGCCUCCUCAAUCCGGGUGCUGGGUGGAGCGUGGGUGGUGUACCAGGAGCCCAAUUAUAGAGGAUCCCACUAUAUCCUAGAGCGGAAAGACUAUAACAACUUCUCAGAUUGGGGAGCUCAGAACAGCGCAGUGGGCUCCAUACGCAGAAUUCGCUUCAGCUGAACUCCUCCUAACUAACCCUGUAAAAUCUCUCCAAAUCCCCCCUCACCCUACUCCACCCCACCCCACCAUCCUGACAUUUUCCACACAACAUUUAAGCCACAAAAAAUCCAAAUGCCACCAGACA